CAAGCAACAGCAGCAGCAGCAGCCGCGACAUCGCACGCACGCGACAGCACCAGCUCCGACUCUAGCGUCAACCGCACGCGAACAUGUCCUCCCAUCGCUUCCUUCCUCUCUCCGCUCCCGCUCCCCCCGCGACGUGUCGCUCGCCCUCCAUUCUCGGCCAGCGUCGGUACUCCCCCGCCAAGCCUUCCCAGCUUCUGGGUGUUUUGCCUUCCCGGAUAACGACAAGCGUCAUCUUCGCUCCGAUAUUCGCCCCAGAUGUAGCGCCAUAUCCAAACCUCUCAUCCAAGAGUAUGAUGUGCUUCAGAAUGGUCUGCCAAUUAUCAAGUGGCGAGAGAUUGUGGAGGAUGACUUAGGAGUUGAAGGUGUUAAGGUUGCUCAUCCAUCAAGUGGGAUCACCAAACGUGUCGAAGCAACCAAGUCGAUGUUGGGGUCGAUGACCGAUGGAGAAAUAAGUAUAUCGGCCUAUGAUACGGCCUGGGUUGCUCUUGUAGAGGACGUCAGCGGGAGCGGUAGCCCUCAGUUCCCUGAAGCUCUACGGUGGAUCGUGGACAAUCAGCUUCCCGACGGUUCUUGGGGCGACGAUCUCAUCUUCUCCCCUCAUGAUCGAAUCAUCAACACCUUGGCUUGUGUCGUGGCUCUGAAGUACUGGAAGAUUCAUCCUGACAAAUGCGAAAAAGGAAUGACGUUCUUCAGAGACAACAUAUCUAAACUUGGAGAGGAGGACUCCGAGCACAUGCCCAUCGGGUUCGAAGUUGCUUUUCCUUCGCUUAUCGAGACCGCUCGGAAAUUGGAGAUCAAGAUAUGUGACGACUCUCCCGUCUUGCAAGAGAUAUACGCGAAGAGGAAUCUGAAGCUCAACAAGAUACCAAAGGACAUAAUGCACCAAGUGCCCACAACUCUACUCCAUAGCUUGGAGGGGAUGGAGGGCUUAAAUUGGGAAAAGCUUCUGAAACUGCAGAGCGCAGAUGGAUCGUUCUUGUUCUCUCCCUCCUCCACUGCAUUUGCACUCAUGCAAACCAAGGAUGCUAAUUGCUUGGAUUAUUUAAGCAGAGCUGUCCAAAGAUUUAACGGAGGAGUUCCAAAUGUGUAUCCGGUUGACUUGUUCGAACAUCUGUGGGCCGUUGACCGCUUGCAGCGACUCGGAGUCUCUAGGUACUUCAAGGAUGAGAUCAAAGGAUGCAUGAGCUACGUUCAAAGAUAUUGGAGUGAAAAAGGGAUCUGCUGGGCGAGAAAUUCAAGAAUCAGUGAUAUUGACGACACUGCCAUGGGAUUCAGGCUCUUGAGACUCCAUGGCCACGAAGUGUCUGCUGACGUGUUUGAACAAUUUAAGCGCGGGGAUGUGUUCUCAACCUUCAUGGGGCAGUCGACGGAGGCAGUCACUGGAAUGUUCAACCUCUAUAGGGCCUCCGAGUUGAUCUUUCCAGGCGAGAAAAUCCUCGAGGAUGCGAAAAGCCAUGCAGUGAAGUUUCUGAGACGGAAACGAGAAGCUAACGAGCUACUUGAUAAGUGGAUCAGAACCAAGGACUUACCUGGCGAGGUCGGGUACGCUCUGGAUGUUCCAUGGUAUGCAAGCUUACCUCGUGUGGAGACAAGAUUUUACAUAGACCAGUAUGGCGGCGAAAACGACGUUUGGAUUGGCAAGACUCUCUACAGGAUGGGGUACGUUAACAACAAUGUCUAUCUCGAGCUCGCAAAGCUGGAUUACAACAAUUGCCAAGCCUUGCACCUCUCGGAAUGGGACAAUUUUCAGAGGUGGUAUUGCGAGAGCAAACUUGUGGACUUCGGGACAAGUGGGAAGACUCUCCUUUAUUCUUACUUUACGGCAGCAGCAAGCAUUUACGAACCGGAACGGGCGAGAGAGAGACUCGCGUGGGCCAAAACGAGUGUGUUGGUGGAUGCGAUCGCGUCGUACUUGGAGGGAGAGGGAACCUCUCGUGAGCGAAGAAGAGGCUUCGUUCGUGAGUUCCAGCAAUUCUCCAAGAAACAGAAGCACAUAAACGGAAGCAGGAGCUCCAUUCCCAGCAAGGGAGGACAAGGGCUCAUUACAGCUCUGCUUGGAACCCUAGACCAACUUUCAUUGGAAGUCUUGGUGGCUCGUGGUAAAGACAUUGGCCAUGCUCUGCGUACUGCGUGGGAAAAGUGGCUGGUGGGAUAUGAAGAGGAAGGAGAUAAGUACAAAGGAGUGGUUGAACUCCUCGUGCAGAUGAUAGCUCUCGGCUCUGGCAACAGUUCCUUCUCGGACGGCCGCUCGUCUCAUCCUCAAUACCGCCAUCUCUGCAAUCUCACCAACACGAUCUGCCGUCACUUGGCUCAUCGCCAAACCCAAAAGGCAUGCGAAAACGAGGACCUCCCAAUACAAAUGGCCAUGCAAGAGCUGGUGCAGCUGGUGCUCCAGGAUUCGGCACACAGGCUCGACAGAGACGUGAAGGACGCGUUCUUCUCGGUCACGAGGAGCUUCUACUACACCGCCCACUGCGAUCCCGCGACAAUCAAGUCCCACAUUGCCAAAGUGCUCUACGAGAGAGUGAACUGAAAUUCCAUAACGUAAAAAAUGAACGCGGAACUAGGUGUUGCAUGUAUAGCCCAUUGUAUUCGGUUAGUCAAUUAGGAAAAAGAAGCAAAACAUAUGGAAAAAAAAGAAGGAAAGUCAAAGAAGAGAAGCAAGCCUGUUGAAAGAAAAUGUUUCAUAUUCAGCAGCGGAGGGAAAAAAAUAAGUAUUGAAUAGGAUGAUUGUCAAUGCUUCAUUUAGUAAAUUCGAAAGUAAUAAUGGUUGUGCCAUAGCGACAUGAAGAAUAAUUAAAAUACGAGAAACUUGA